GGCGGGGCGCGGGCGGCUCUGCCCGCCCCGGGCGCGGAGGGGGAGCGGAGCCGCGUCCCGGCCGCGCUGCGCCCUCAGCGGGCCCGCUCCGCUCCCGCUCCAUGGAAGCGGCCAACGGGGCCGUGCCCGAGGGCGCGGCGGAGCAGCCCCGCGGCCCCGCGGCCGCCCCGUCGGGCAGGAAGGAGGUGAAGGUGGUGAUCGUGGGCGACGGAGGCUGCGGGAAGACGUCGCUGCUGAUGGUGUACGCCAAGGGCUCCUUCCCCGAGCAAUACGCGCCCUCUGUUUUUGAGAAGUACACAACGAGUGUGACGGUGGGGAAGAAGGAGGUCACGCUGAACCUGUACGACACCGCAGGGCAGGAGGACUACGAUCGGCUACGGCCCCUUUCUUACCAGAACACCAAUGUGGUGUUAAUUUGUUAUGAUGUCAUGAACCCCACCAGCUAUGAUAACGUAGCAGCCAAGUGGUAUCCUGAGGUGAAUCACUUCUGCCGGGGUGUCCCGCUCGUGCUGAUCGGCUGCAAGACAGAUCUCCGCAAGGACAAGGAGCAGCUGCGCAAGCUCAGGGCUGCCAGGCAGGAGCCCAUCACCUACAACCAGGGUGAAGCAGCUUGCAAGGAGAUUAAUGCACAAAUUUACCUGGAAUGUUCAGCAAAAUGUCGUGAGAACAUAGAAAAUGUUUUUAAAGAAGCCACAAGCAUUGCACUGAGUGCCAUGAAGAAAGCCAAGGGCCACAGGAAAAGAAGAGUGUGCUCAGUGUUAUGAUCUGGACUGCACGAGAGCCAAGUGAUUCAGAUUUUAUAAAAGAUUCACUUUAGAAACUUUUUUUUAAACAUUUGUAUUUCUAGGAUAAUUUUUAUUUUAAAAUUUUAAUUAUUUUUAGUAUUUUUGCACUUUUGUUACACUGUUCUCGUGGAGUUUUCAAAGCUGUUUAUCAUGGUUAGCUCAAUGCUGUGUGCCUUCAACCAUCUGGCUUUUGCUUCUAAGUGUGAACAACUCACUAUUUAAACUGCAAUGAACAGCAACUGCUACUAUAUAACUUAGUGUUGAGGUUUUUUUCCUCUGCAAAAUAAUUGUGGCAUGUUAGAGCUACAAUUUACUGCCUUUUUCCAGAAAACUCAAAUCUUUCAGAAGCAAUGUUAAAGCAGCUUAUCAGGCACCUUUGAAGAGACAGAAGAAGUUUUGUCUUAACAUUUUUAAGUUAAUUUUCCUGGUGGCAAUGGCAGGAGUUGGCCUCAAGCUGGCCCCUGAUUGCAGAUGGAACAUCCACCACCCCCUGGACCAGCUCUGCAGACCUGCACCUCAAGAGUUCUUCAAGGCCUGCUGCUGCAAUGGAAAGUGGCAUUUAUCAGUGGAAAUACAUCAGUUGCUCCAAUUAAAUAAUGGAAAAUAGUUAAUGUACAGCACUUAAAUUUAGAAGUACUCGAAGCAGCUACUACAUGUAAUGUUAAGUCAGUCUUAUAAACAUUUACAGCCUAUUUAAUACAAGACAGAUGCAAAUCAUGGUGCACUGGAGGAAAAAUUCAUUCACUUGUGAAAUCAUCUCUCCUGGUAUAAAUUAAAGUUUUCCCUUUUGUGA